AUGGGGAUUCGACACAAGACAGACAUGCGAGACUUGAGAGAAGCAAUGCACGACAUGGAAACUGCGCAUACAAAACAAAUUAACAGCGUGAAGGAUGAAAUUGAAAAGACCUUUAUCACCAACAUAAAUGCUGUGAGAUCGGAAAUCAGCGAAAUAGAAAGUCGAUUCUUCAAGGAUGUGAAAAACGUAGAGACCAACAUUUUAGAAUUGGUAAAGGAUUUGAAAGUUGAAAUGAAUGAAAGAGAAAGUCGAUUCAACAGGGAAGUAAACACAUUGAAUGGAAGAAUACAAGUUUUCUCGACUGAAAAGGACAACAAGAUAAUUAAGAUAAAGAAUGAGAUAGAAAAUGUGAUUAACGAAAAAGACAAUGAUAUUAAAGAAGAAAUGACUGAGGUGAAAGAGAAAAUGUUGAUCUCGCUGACGAAAAUUAACACCACUCUGUUAACUAUGAGGACAGAUUAUAAAUUGUCCAUUCGGAAAACAAAUAAUCGUUGUAUGAAUAGUAUAUAUAGAAUGAAAACAGAAAUACGACCAGCAUUUUCAGCUACUUUUACAAAUGAAAGGGCGAUACCAUUAACCCAUGGAGAAAUACUAAAGUUUGACAACGUCCAUUUGAACAUCGGAGAGGGAUACGAUCCAGCUACGGGUUAUUUUUUCGUUCCGAAAGCAGGAAUUUAUUUUGUUUCCUGUACAAUUCGAUCUAUUGAAAAUAAACAUAUUCACGCUUAUCUCUGGAAAAAUACUGACAGACUAUUAUUAGCAUAUGGAAGAAAUUGGAACACUGGCAGUUUUGGCUUCCCUAUUGAUUUACAAAAGGGAGAUCUACUCUUUGUGAGACAUGAUGAUGGACCUUAUAUUAUAAACGAAGAAGUUCAUGGAGGAUCGACAUCAGUUUUUGCAGCCACGUUCAUCAGCAAUAUUUAUUCUGAAGAUAUUAAAUUCAACUUUAUUCUAAGUAAGAAUACCUUGAUGGUUAUUUAA